AUGCUGCAGGAGCUGGCGCCGUGCGCGUGCGGGGGGUUCUACGGCGCCGGGGGCUGCGGCGGCCGGUGCACGGGCGCCGCCGCAUCGGCCUUCUCGAUGCUGUUCCCCGCGGGGGCGGAGCAGUGCUACUACUACAAGGAGGAGGAGGAGGACGGGUCGCCGUACGGCGGCGGGCCGGUCGACUGCACGCUGUCGCUCGGCGGCGGCGGCGCCGCCCCCUGCAAGGAGUCGUCUGGCCGCGGCUCGCCGGCGCGGCGGUGCGCCAACUGCGACACCACGUCGACGCCGCUCUGGCGGAACGGGCCACGGGGACCCAAGUCGCUGUGCAACGCCUGCGGGAUCCGGUACAAGAAGGAAGAGCGGCGCGCCGCGGCGGCCGUCGCGCCGGCGCCGCAGGAGUACGCGUGCGGCGGCUACGCGAGGCAGCAGCACCAGCAGCAGCAGCCGCCGCAGCCGCAGUGGGGAUGCUACGGCGCGGCCGCGGCCAAGUCGGCGUCCUUCGGGAUGUACGGCGGCGACGUCGUCGACGCGGCGGCGGACGGGCCCUGCCUGUCGUGGAUGCUCAACGUGAUGCCCUCCUCGCCGGCGUUCACCGUCCGGGAGAGGCCCACCCUGUUCCAGUACUACUAGCGCUAGGCUACUGACCACAAGAGUAGUAGUAACCUCUUUUUUUAUCACCAGCUUAAUCAGUUUAGCGAUGAGAUCACCACAACCACAAAGCUGCAUUGUACUGCUAGUAGUGCUAGACGACCAACAUGUAAGUUUGGAAGUGAAGCCCGCGUGCCAAAUUACCACCUCUUCUCUAGAUUUCGUCUGCGGCUUAACUAACAGUACUUUUCACUGUUCGGUAAUCAUCAGCAUUUGAUCCCAAAAGGUGAGUUGAUACAGACGACGACAGAGAUGUUUGCACACCUUUACGCAGUGUGAGGUCACUCCAACGAUCAAUCAUCACCUGCUCUGCAUCGCUGCAUACAUUUCGGGACCCACGAAAGGAUCCUCCUUUUGAUUCAGUCUACUGUUUUCUACUCGAGUUGCUUCCUGU